AUGUAUAAAUUAAAUGAACUUCAAGAGAAUAAAAUAGAUAUUAAUGAUCCAUUAUAUAUAAAAUGUUUGAAUCAUAUGAAGUCUCAUCAAUUACCAAAUCACAUAAAAGUGAAUACUAAACAUAUAAUUUUAGUAAAAGAAAAUCAAAUUAAAUCCAUUUCAAAAGAAAUGCAUACAAUUCAAACAACUCAAUAUAUAAAUUUAUUAGAUAUUACCAAGAAUAAUAAUAAUGAUAACAACAACAAUAAUAAUAAAAAUAAUAACGAUAGUAAUAAUAGUAUUCCAAUACGAAAUUAUUAUCAACAAUUAUUUUUACAAAUUCAACAUCUUAAAUUACAAAUUCAACAAUUAAAUCAGCAAAUAAUAAAUCUUAAUUAA